UUACGGUUUCCUCUUCUCUGGGUCGGACAGGGUAGCCACGCGAUGCUUCGCUUUCCCGUCCGCCACCGUUUUCUUCCUCCGUCUACGCUACACCGUCGCGUCCUCUUCUCCAACGACACUUCCGCCUCCUCAGGCGCCACCGCUUCUCCGGAUCCCCACUUCAUGGUCGAGUACCUCAUGAAUACAUGCGGGUUCUCCGCCGACGUUGCUUCCAAGGUCUCUAAGUCGCUCCCUCGUAGUCAGUCCACCGAGAAGGCCGAUGCCGUUCUUGGAUUCUUCAGAUCUCAGGGCCUUGAUGAUACUAAUCUGAGAAGGGUAAUAGCUUGGAAACCAGGAUUGCUCGGCUGGCAUGUGGAGACGAACCUCGCCCCAAAGUUUAAACUUUUGCGCGAAAUGGGAUUAUCUGAGUCCGACAUCAUCGCUAUCGUUCGGCGGCACCCUAUAGUUAUUGGCUCCAACAGCGAGAACGGGUUUCUCCCCCGAUUUAAGGUUUGGGAAAGUUUAUUGGGAUCGAAGGAGAUGCUUCUCAAGCAUCUCCGGAGGAGUGGAUGGUUUUUUAGCAGCAACAUUGAGAAUGUAGUGCGCCCCAACAUUAACUUCUUACGGGAUGAAUGUGGUAUUCCUGAAGACCGGGCUUCUCUAGUCAUUAAAAGGCAACCCAGCUUCGUCGCCCAGAACCCAGAUGCUCUCCGGGCUCUGGUAGAUAGAACUGACGGGCUUGGAGUUCCCCGAGAAUCUAGGAUGUACCUCUGGGUCCUCAGCGCGCUGCACAGGGUCAGCAGGGAAAAAUUUGAGGCCCUUGUCAAGCUCAUGAACAGCUUGGGUUGGUCAAACUCGGAAUUCAUUGCUGCAAUCCAGAAAUGUCCAACAUUUUUAUGGCUUUCCACUGAGGCAUUACAGAGAAAGAUGGAAUUUUUCAUCAAGAUUGUUGGAAGCACACCUUCAGACAUUGCUAAGCAUCCAGGGGCUUUAUUAUUGAGUUUGGAAAAGAGGUUAAUUCCUCGAUUUCAUGUGAUGGAGAUAUUGAAAUCUGAAGGGUUAUGGACUUCACAAGACAAGAUACAUAUAUUUUUCUCAUUGCCUGGUCCAAUUUUUUUGAAGAAGUAUGUGCUCCCUUACAAAGAUAAAUUACCCAAACUGCUUGAAGUCUUAUCAAUUGUACCUGAGUUCAAAGGGAACAAUCCAGACUGCUAAUGAAUGCCAUGAUUUAUUUGGGUGUGGCUUUUAUGACUGGUUAAUCAAUGAUAUUGAUCCAAUCUUGUCCUAGUUUUCAUAUAGUUCACUUGCUAUUUUCAUAUUCUAUAUCAUGAAACUGCUGCUGUAGACAUGAGGAUGUUAAUUGUCUGAGUUUCAUUUUGCAA